AUGGCAACAAGCAGCGCCGACCGUGGCACUGUUGGGCGCCGUGUCAGAUCAGGAUCAGUUCCCACCAGACCAGCCCAAGAGACGACAGACGGUGCGCAGGAAAGAGCCAUGUCUGCUCUUUCUAUCACUUCGCCACCUGGUAAUUUGCAAUCGCCCUCACGCGUUGCAGUCCGUGUUGCUCAGCAGGAUUCCCUCCUUGAGAUAGAUGAAAGUAAUCUUAAUCUUGUCUCAGAGCUCAAUCAUGCAGUCAAACUGAACGCCAACCUCAAAGAGCAUAUUCGAUGUGCUGAUGCAGAGCUCAAAUCUACUGUCCAACAGCGAGAUGCACUUCAAAACAUGUUGACAGAGUAUGAACGUCGUGAGCAAUCCAAGAAUGGCGAACUUGUUCAAGCCAAAGCCGACAUUCAACAUCUGAAGAAAUGCCUUGACGACUGCAAAGAAAGAAUCUUCAAGAUGCAACCUCUCGAGCACUUGACGGAUUCGGAGAUAGCUGAGCAAUAUCGAACACUCUGCGAAUCGAUCUCAGACUGGACGGAUAGUCAAUUCGGAGACUAUGAUAAUCCAUUGGGCAUGUUGGACGCAUGUUUCGCCACAGAAACACCAGCGAAGUUGAUUCAUGCAUAUCUAAUUCGAGAUCACUUGAUGGAAGUGGUCAAGAAGUGUCCGACCGCUGCUUGCCCUAUCAUCACAUAUCUCAUCCACCGUCAUGUGUACCAGUCAAUCCUGCGAGAAAGUCUCUGUUUCCCAGGUCUGGAUUCAAAAUGUGAAGAGUUCGUUUUUUUCAUGGCGAAUGCAAUGAAGCACAAUGAACCACGUAGAGAUGAGGACGCCAUUGCGUUUUGGCUGAGUGAAGUCCAGCGCACUUUGUCGAAUUCUCCCUACUUGCAAGGUGUUCGCAAAAAGCAUCUCCACCAGCAAUGCUCGGAGCUAGAGGAAAUGCUCAAGACGUUACUUCCUGUAGAACAAAAAGCGAGUUUCCGUUCGCAAGAGUUGAGGAAUAUCUUCGAGGAAGGUGCGGAUUUAGCAAAGAACGUACGCCUUUCGCCUGCAGCUUAUCGAUACCAACAAUGUUGCAAUGUUGGAGAACCAUUGCUCGGGCAGCAGAUGGAUGGAAUCAAGGUAAUUGAUCAGGCCACCGCGCAGCUGAUUCGCCCUUCAGACACCUUCAAAGCGAAUCGGGAUGGUAGGGUGGGUGAAAUGCUAUGUGUGAUUCAACCAGGACUGGUGCGAAGGGGGCGAAAUGGUGGCCGCAGCAUCACUCUUGUCAAGGCAACGGUUCUAUGUCGAUUCGAUCAUCCAGUGGUCCGGCGAAGGAAGGCAAAGAAGAUCACAGGCGACGAAUUGGAUUCAACGGCACAGCGCAAAACAGGAGAUGGUGAGAAGGCUUGA